AUGAGGUCCACGGAGGUCCACGUCAAACAGCGGCUCGGCUCGUGCCGGGCCGUGAAGAUGCAGACCUCCGAAGGCUCCCGCUGCGUGCGCUCGCGGGUGAUGCGGGCGUUCCUGAUCGAGGAGCAGAAGUGCGUGAAGCAGGUCCUGGCCGAGAAGAUGUCCCAGAGCAAGGAGAAGGACGCGCCCAAGAAGAAGAAGGCCAAGGCCUGA